UGAAAAUUAUAUCUCAUUGCCCGACUCCUCAAAACACUCAUUCUUCAUACUCUAUCCUCACUGCCGCGGUAAUAUGCAAUAUUUAACAACUCGAAGGGCAUACGCUCACAAUCUUUAUUUCACGUCCACACACGCGUUCUGUCUCUCACACACAGGCACACACGCGCAUUCGUUAUUAUCAAGCACUGGGUGGAGUCUGGGAAGCUCCACCUUUUUGUGAAUCUGAAUAUAAAGCCGGGGUGAAUCCAGAGAGCAGAAGAGACGGAGCGAAUGACUUGCGCUCUACGGCUUUCUAUCACCUGAACAUACUGGACACAAUGCAACUCCACCGCACCCUCGCACUUGUCUGUCUAUAAGAGGGUCAGGAAGAGAGUUCCAGCCUCCUUUGUGCUCUGAGCAAGCAAGAGGCUAUGUCUGAAGAGGAGGAACACGACGUAAAAGCUGAGGAUGAGCUUGCCAAAGUACUUAGAGACUUAGGUAUUAAUACAACUUAUUGGAUUCCAAAACUACGAGAUAUUUUGGAUAUCACCAAUGUACAAGCAUUGCAAUAUUUUGGCCCUGAGGAAUUUGAAAUCAUAGAACCACAUUGCCGGCAUUCAUGGGAGAAAAAGGCAUUGUGUAAGUUAGUGGGAAUGUCGGGCAAUGAAGUUGUUUUAAAACAAUCACAACAAUGUGAGCCAAUUGGAAAUAAACAGAAGCAAGAUGCACCAACAAAGCAGCAUCCAGAACAAAUCCAUCAGAAAAGAUUAAUUCACAGUGGUGAGGCCAACAUAGAGACUGAGACAGAGCAGCAAAUGAAAUUGAAAGGAGCAAAAGAAACCCCAUUGUGUGAUGGCAGCCAUUCCAAUGAUAUGGCAAACACUUCUCUAAAGCAGUUAAAUUUAGCAGACAUUUCAACUUUACGUGGGACUAUUUCACGUAUUUUACAAAAUGCAUCUAAAGGACUUGCUUUGGAGGGGGUGUAUCGAACUGGUCAAAUAAAGGAUAGGCUAAAGAAAAGAGGCAAACUCUUAAACAUCCCAAUGUCGUUUGAUCUUGCUGGGCCAGUACAUCAGCCGAUGAUAAAGCUACAAGAGUUUUCAUCAUCUGAAGAGGAAAACAUAUUUGAGACAGCAGUGGAAAUAAUGGGAUUCAAUACCAUAACCACAGAAGAAGGUUUCCUACAGGCCUUGAAGAAAGAAAUCAACUCACGGCAUAGCAAGGUAUUACACAAUGUAAAAAAGCAACAAGAAAAGCCCACGGAUACCUGCAUUCAUAGCGCCAAAUACCUGUACCUACCACUUGCCUCAGGAAGUCUUGACUUUAAUCAACUCAAGCUCUCUGAUGAGGCGUUGGAGGAAUUACAAAGCGUUGAAAACACUUUAAAAACCGCCAAGGAUUCUUUUAAAACGCAUGUGCUAAGAAACAGGUUAAGAAGUUUUGUUGAGAACUUUGGCUCUCAUGCCCAUACGGGCCCUGUCCACUUUGGUGGGAUAUUUAAGUGGAAAGCAUCAGCAGAGGGAAUCAGCUCAGAUGAGGAAAAGGAAUACGGAAAUAUGCUUUCGGAGGCAGUGGAAAUGUAUUCCACUUCUGCCUACAACAGCAGUGGUAGUGCAGGUGGUGUGAGCAUGAUGGCAUCCGAAUUUACAACGGAAUUUUCUGAAAAAUACAAUGCUACACUUCUUAGUAAGGUGACAUUUUCUGUAAGUACAAUAGGUGGAUCACCUGGCCUUUGUUCUCUUCAACAAUGGAAAACCGACAUUGUAUCCAACACCAAGACGUGGUCUGUCAUUGAUCUAGGCACAUCAUUGGUUCCAGUAUGGGACAUUGUCAAGUUUAACCACAAGGAUGAUUUUCAAAAUACCUUGAUAGUUAGCACGCUCAAGGAGGCAUACACACUUUUGACAAACCAAAAUCCAGAUUUUUGUCUUAAAGAUAUAUUGGUCUCUGCUAACGCUAAAGCCAGGUCAGUGAUGCAAGAUAUUAAACAUUGGCAAGAAUCCGACAUGGAAAAUAAUUUAAAAAAGAUACUUGAUUUGAAACAAACGUUAUAUGAUGAAACAAAAAGCAAUUUAACUUGGAUAAACACCUGUUUAUCUCACCCAGCCCUCCAAUCAUUGUUGUCAAAUCUUGUUACAGCACCUGCCAAAACGGUGAAAAUCACAAAGCUUAUGCGGUCUAUUAUGGAGCCAAACAGCUUUGACGGUGACAGUUUUCCACAAUUCGCCUCCAUUAUGCAGUGGCUGAAUGAGUCUGAAGGAGUCCCUACUCAAUUAUCUGAUUUUAAAGAUCUCGUGAACAUCUUAUCAAAAGCAGAAGAACAUUUGAAAGUUGACUUUUCACCAACUUAUUCAGAAAUACACGAAAAAAGAAACAAAGAAAUCACACAUGCAUUUAAUUCAUUCUGCCAAUCACUAAAAAGAACAAAACUCAUCGAACAAGAGCUACUUAUCAAUUCAGUUGCUUCUGCUGUUGGCUACUGUGUAAAAGAAAAACGAUUUCAGCAUCCCCUGGAUUACGACAGAAUUGAUCAUCUUCAACGUGAACUAGAGUCAGCUUACGGAGAGUACUCAAGACUGAUGCAACAAGACGAAUCUAGAGCUCAGGCAUACGUGUUACGGACAGGUUUGUCUAAUGCAAGGACUCUUGCCGAAAAGCGAAAACAGUUCGAUUUCAUGAGAUCCCAGGUCGAAGAAACAAUGUGUGCUGAAGUUUCCCAUGUGAUUAAAUGCAGUGAAAUAGGGCCAACUGACUGGAAUAAACUUGAUAUGAUGCUGGAAUCCAUUAUCGCUGGAACUUUCAAAGAACAAACAUGUAGUUCAAAGAAAGAAUGUACGAUACAAAAUGCAGAAAUAAUUUCCCAGGGGGGAUGGAAAGAGGACACAUAUUCAAGGCAAGAAGAAUUACAAAAUAAGGCAUCUAUUCAACCACUAAGAAAUGAUGAUGAUGAUGAAAAGUUCAUGAAUCUGCUUGAAAGACUCUCGCUGAUAAAAUACUACCCCAAGGAAUUACACACAAGUAAUGUAUGUGUUAUUAACGGGUCUCCAAUUCAAACUAACCCUGAUCGAUGCACAGAACAAGAACUUGCUCUUUCUUAUCUGCAAAAACUGACGAUGAUUGACUAUCGAGCAAGAUGUGUUAGUUUUCAGUGUGAAAAUCAAAACCAAGGCAAAUUAAACAACUUAUCUCAGUCCAUGAAUACAAAUAAAAGCCCUAAUAGUGAUAGCUUCUUUUCUAAUGAUGAUGAUGAUGACGUAAUAAAUAACAGUGAUGGGCCUAGGACAAACACUGAAACCAACAUUCACCCUAUGGACUUACAAAUGGCAAUUUUCCAUUGUGGAGAUAAUUUUGUAAGGCAGUACAUUUACACCAAACUGUCAUUCAUCCAGUUUGCACUUCCGCUUUUAGUUCCAAAUCCUUGUCGUUCAGAAAUAGAAUUCCCUAUGUGGUCAUUCAGACAGAUUAAAAAGAGCUGGAAAUACCGUGAUGCAUCUACCAACGAAUGGCAAUCUAAAAACUGUGCAAUCAAUGAUGCCAACACUGCACUCGUGUCCUUCGUAAGAUUUGGUGAAUCACCUGCAUCGAAAUCUCAGAUAAUGAACUCUCUGCUCGGCAAUCAAACGCAUCGAGUUUUCUUUCAUAGGCACUGCCGAGGCAGCAGCAGGAAUGGUCAACUAAUGAAAGGAGUUGCAGAGAUCGCCUGGUAUCUUCCAGGUGGGAAGGACAAUGAUGUAUUUAAUGACUGCAUAGCAUUCACUAAUCUCCACGGAGAUGCAAGAGAACACAAAACACAGGCGAAAUUUUUACAUGAUAUUUCGUCUAUAAAUGUUAUAUUACUGUCAGAUGGUGAUCGCAAUGAAGAGGGCAAACGUAUCUUAGACGAAUGUUUGAGUUCCCCAAAGCCGCUAAUUUGCCUCUGUGCUGACAAAAAGAGAGUUUCCAGUGGAAUAUCUGGAACAAACGCGAAAAUUGCUGUCGAGAAUCGAAAUGAGGCUGAGUUAAUCGAUGAAUUGACGUCAAUAAUCAAAUCGUUUUUAGAAAAUUCAAAAAGAAAAAUGAACAUCGAAGCUUGCUCAGCUAUUGCAAGACGGUAUGGAUUCAUUGUUGAUGAAGAUGAUAAACAAUGUGAAGAGGGAAAGGAAGCAGCGAAAGUUUUGCUGAGUCUUAUACAUGACAAGCCGCUGUGUUCCAUAAAGGAGACAUUUCUGCCUCUUCAAGGGAAAUUGUGGCAGUCGUGGUGCAAGAAAGACAAAGAAUUGACUCGCAUGACGGUAAGGGGGGGGCAAAGUGUUGAGGAAUACAAAAGUAAUAUUUUAGGAGAAAAAACACGCAUUAGGAAAGCACAGCUUGAAAAAGCAUUUCCUCUUAACGAUUUUAUGAGAUCAUUGAUUGAAAUUUUGAACCAUAAGUCACGCACAGUAAAAACAUACUUCCUGCAUUGGCUACGCAUAUACUUAGAUAAUUUGUCUGCAAAUCGCUUAUCACAACUGCAUCUCACUUAUCAUCAGGCCUGGACGGCAAUAAUAGCGUUGAAAAAACAAGGUUCUAACAUUGCAAAAAAACAAUUAGAGUUGGAUAAAAUAUCAGAAGAACUUGAAGCCUCUUCCUUUGGAAUUGAUCACGUUUUUAGGGAAGUUGGUCAGAUCUACGAAGCUUCACGGACAACGCCAUCAGUUGACAAACUCCCGGCUACUUUGCCCAAGAUUGCAGCAGAAAUGAUGAUCUCUGGAUUUCCUCUUGAACUCAUGGAUGGCGAUGCUGCACAUGUGCCUCUCAUUUGGAUUAGCUCAAUCUUGGACAGAAUCAUUGAUGAAAUUGGGGACGUGAAGCUGUUUGUUAUCUCAAUACUGGGAAUACAGAGCAGUGGGAAGUCCACGCUACUGAACGCCAUGUUUGGCCUCCAGUUUCCUGUUGGCAGUGGGAGAUGCACCCGAGGGGCCUACAUGCAGUUAGUGAAGGUGGAGGCAGAGUUCAUUAAACAACUGGGAUAUGACUUCGUGCUGAUAGUCGACACAGAAGGACUGCGUUCUGUAGAGCUGUCAAAUGCAACACAUAGUCAUGACAAUCAGCUGGCAACGUUUGUGAUUGGGCUGGGAAACAUGACCGUGAUCAACAUUUUUGGAGAGAACCCUUCUGAAAUGCAAGACAUUCUACAAAUUGCUGUGCAGGCGUUUCUGAGAAUGAGGCAGGUGAAGUUAUCACCGAGCUGUGUGUUUGUCCAUCAAAACGUAGGAGAUGUGACUGCUCACAAUAAGAACAUGGAGGGAAGGAGACGCUUUCAGGAAAAACUCGAUGAGAUGACACGCAUGGCUGCAGACCAGGAGCAAUGCGCUGUUGCAUCAUUUGACGCAGUGAUCAGGUUUGACGUGAACUCUCAGAUCCGUUACUUUGCUCAUCUUUGGGAGGGAGACCCUCCGAUGGCUCCGCCAAAUCCAAGCUACUGCCAAAAUAUUAAAGACCUUAAAGAAAUGUUACUUACAAAUGCCAAAAAAGAAAACACAGUAAAUGUCUUGAAAAUAUCAGAAUUCAAAGCACGCAUUAAGGAUCUAUGGACGGCUUUGCUCGCAGAAAAUUUCGUGUUUAGCUUUAAGAACACAAUAGAGAUCGCAGCUUAUACCAAACUGGAAGAAAUGUAUGGAAAAUGGACUUGGGAACUCAGGAGUCAUGUUCUUCAGCAGGAGAACAAACUCUAUAACAGCAUUGAUAACAAUACAGAUACAAUGACACGAUUACAGAUUGAACGAAGAAUUUUGUCAAACUAUCAGGAUAUUAAAAAGAAAAUGGAAGAACACUUCAAUAGCGCAGAUGAUGCAGAAUUGUUGGUUCAAUGGAAAGUUAAAUUCGAAAAAGGAUUUGAAACCGUGAAAGAAGAGCUAGUAUUUGAUGCUUACAAAAACUACUCUGCCCUGAUGGCUCAAAAAGACAAAAAACGGAAUCUUGAUCUGCAGAGAUCAAGUUAUGAAGAUCAACUUAUUAGAAAGAGCAAGGAUUUGGCUUCAAAAUUGAGAGGAAAUACAGUAAAUGACAAAGAAUUGAAGAAUGAUUUUGAUAAAAUCUGGAAGGAGUGGAUUAAAGUGAUAAAAGACGGUAUGACCAGCCCUCCAACGCUUGAUGUAAAAAAAGAAAUUAAAAACCUUCUUUACGACGUUUACGAGAAUCAAAUUCCACACCUAGAAAAAGUGAUAUUGAACUGUCACAAAGAGGCAGAAUUUUCCGUUAAUCAAAACGAACACAUUAUGAUGAACACGAAAUGGCUUGGAUAUCGGAAUCACCAUUUUAAAGAUGAGGAUACUGAGUCAAUUAAAAAUUUAAUUACUGCCAUAAAAUACAAAGUCAGGAGCUGCAUUACCACCCAGGAGAAACAUAGAACGAAUUUCAACCCAUCCUACAUACGUGAAAUUUUUGAGGGAAUGAAUUCAGACAUACAGGAAUUUUCACAAUCCAAUAAAAGAUUUAAGCUCACAGAGAAGUUCAAAAUUUAUUUAUCUGUCCACAUAUUAGGAGAGGUUAUGGGGCGAUUUCAGAGAAUGCAUGAAAAUUUCCAGAGGGAAAACGACCCAUUAGUAUACUUUACCAGUAAGAAAGAAGAAUACUUCAACAGCUUCAAAAUUCGCUGCCAAGGAGCAACGUCCACAACUAUUUUCGUGGAUUUUUUGUGUAACAAACUGAAAGCAUCCAUUCAACAGGCAGUUUAUGAUAAAGUUUGCGUUGACAUUGCAGGCAGGAUGAAGUCCACAUUUACGGCAUUCAACGGAAAUCGAUCAAAAUUAGAAAACUACAUUCUCAUAGAUUUAGCGAAGAAGAAAGAUUUUACAGCAUUUGAUGAAUAUAUUCACCAUCCAAAAGAACACUUUCAGAAAUACAUUACGGAAUGUGUAGAAGAGUAUUGCAAGGGAAACGAUGAUGAAAUCAUUCACGAGAUGUUAAAUUCAAAUCUUGGGGAUACCACAGCUGCAAUUACUCGGGCAAUCAAUAAAGCAACUGAAAUGGAACAAGACGAGUAUGAUGCAUCUUCAUGGCUGGAUACAUUUUGCACACACCUUGAUGACGUCAUCAAGCUCCCAAGACACACUUUGGACCAAAGCGACUGCAGCGAAAUAACAGAUAUUGAAUUUUUUAAAGAAGAAUUAACAAACGGACUGAAAACCGUGGCUCAAAGAUUAAAAGAUCAAUUUUCUUUAACAUGCUUAAAUGAUUUACAAAACGUUCAGAACGAACCGCACAAAAUACUAUUUCGGCAGCUAUGUGGGUGCUGGGUGCAGUGCCCAUCCUGUAAAGCCAUCUGCACAAACACGAUGUCCAAUCAUGACGGAGACCACAGUGUUCCCAUUCACCGCCCACAGGCAGUGAGUGGAGGAUAUUGGCAUGAAACUGAUAACUUUGUCACUGACAUCUGCACUAGUUUAGUUGCCAGUAACUGCAGCUUAGUGCUUCCAGACAGGAAAAUACCAUGGAAGGAUUAUCGUACAGCCGGGCCAGAAUAUGCUUGUUGGAGCAUAACACCAGACUUAACCACACAGCCAUAUUGGAAAUGGUUUGUCUGCAAGUUCAAGUCAGACUUAGAAAAGCGCUAUAACCAAAAAUUUUCAGCCCUGGGAAAAGUCCCAUCAGAUUGGGAAUCUAUUGAAGAAGAUGAUGUUAUUAAGCAUUUAGAGAAUCUGUAGGUUGAUUAAUGAAACUACAAUUGAGCACCCUAUGUCACAGAUUAACUUAUGAAUAUGUGGCUCUGUUUCAAACUGGACAGUCUUUCAUUUUAAAUAUUUUUAAUAACAACGAACACAAUUCAUCAUCAAACAGCAACAUCUCUAAAAUGGCAUGACAUUUAACGAUCGUUACAUGCAUGCAUAUGUACAUACACUUAACUUGAGGCAUUGUGGGUGUUAUAAUAAUCUGAUCACACUAUGUAACACAAUUUUUGUUCCUGUGUAGUAAGUGUUAUUUCAUAAUUGUUUAUGGCUCAAAAGUACAGAAAAUGGCUAUUAUUCCCCACAAAUAUUGACAUUGAUAUUUUGAAAUUUACCUAUUUUCAAUGAGAAAACGGGAAAAUGUGUGUAUUUUCGUUAACAUAAAGUCAGAAAGAAACAACACAUGAAUCAAAAUGUACAUGUAUGUAUACUAAAGUAAUAAAAAAUUACUACAAAGAUUUAGAAGUGAGUAGUUUUCGAGAUUUACGAUUAUACUGCAAAUCACUUUCAAGAAUCAGCCCCCAAAUGUCUCCCAUCAUGUCUCCCAUCAUUUUCUUGUUAUACUGUCUUUGGUAGCAGCGUUCAAUGUACAAUAUAUGCUUGUGAAAGCGCUUGCAUUGCUCCUCCGAGAAUGCUCCCAUGUUCUCCUUCAAUUUAUCAAGAUGAGCAUCAAGGAUAUGCAUUUUGAGGGACAUCCUACAGCCCAUUGUGUUGUGGUUCUUCACCAGAGUUUCAACCAGCUCCACAUAGUUUUCGACCUUGUGAUUGCACAGGUAUCCACGAAUCACUGCAGCAAAGCUGUUCCAAGCCGAUUGCUCCUUACUUCUUCGGGAAUUCAUUGCACUCCAGUUUUAUUUUUUUAAACAAAUUUCAUAACAUAAAAUUCCGAGCAACAAUUAUCCAUCUUACUCUGCAGAGUUUUUUUGCAUUGCUCGCAGGUGAAAUGAGGUGUGCUGGGUUUGUCUUGAUCCCAGACAGGCAUGCCAAAAUAUGCCUUGUAGACCUCACACAUCUUAGUAGACGCUUCCACAGAGUACAUUUUCGCUCUUGUCUUUAUAAAUUGGCCGCAGACAUAGAAAAAUGCGUCUGCCGGACGCUUGCAGCCUCUUGAUGCAUCUCAGAAAAAUGCAGAUAUGUAUCCACGUAGGCAGCUGGAACUAAACUGAACUGGUAGGCUUACAGCCCCUGUAUUUAUAAUAUUUAUAUUACUGGAAAGUUCUAGAAUUUUCUAGAAGUUACUCCAAGUUUACUCAGUACUGUAUCUAUCUGGAAUGUUCUGGAAAAUAAGUAAAUUUCAAAAUAUCAAUGUCCUGGUCAAAAAAGCAAAGUUUUUGGAGAAUAAUCAAUUAGGAAAUACCAUUUACUGCCCAGGAACAAAAAAAAUAUUAUAGUGUUAUCUACCAAUUACGUGAAUUUUUUAGUGCAAAAUUAAUAUAUGCAUGUUUUCAAGAAAUCCAUAAAGAAAUAUCUACAAUCAUUUCCAAUGUGUUUAUUCCUCUAUACUCUUGUUUUGUUUAAACGUGCAUUUUGUUUGUGAUGCACUUCAAAUGUAAAUACAAAAUUAAUAAUAGAAAUGUUAAUGAAAGUGGUAAAUUACACAUCAGCUAACUACGUGCUUAAUAUUAAAUUGUGUUUCUACUUUAACAUUUUUUAUUGAAAUCUAAAAUCAAUAUUGCAUAUUUUAAUGGUAAGUUUGUGCUUCAAGUUCCCACAAAUACUCACCAGCCUUGCGCUUUCUUCUUCAUGUUGGUGUCUGACCCCUAUUUCAUGAGGCAGAGCCUUCUCCCAUGGGUACUCUCUUCUAGAGCUUUGUGCUUCAAGUUCCCACAAAUACUCACCAGCCUUGCGCUUUCUUCUUCAUGUUGGUGUCUGACCCCUAUUUCAUGAGGCAGAGCCUUCUCCCAUGGGUACUCUCUUCUAGAGCUUUAAUCAGCUGCCCAUCCCCUCUAAUGAAUGCCCAAGACUGGUAUUUUGCCUCUCACGAUUGUUCCUUUCAGACUUUUAUGUUCAUCCAAAAUUGCUUCAGCAUGAGCAUAAUAAUAUAUUUCCAUGGGAUAGCAUAUGGCCAUUGGAAGUCAAAUGCAAAGCUGAAAAGUUCCAAUAUUAUCAAGUAUUCCGUUCUCAGCAUGGAUAUCUGCCAAAUAUAACAUUUAAGUAAAUGUUGAAACAUCGUUACAGGUAACUUCAUAUUUUCUGCUUAUUUCCUUUUGCAGCAGCAAUUCUGUUUUGCUCAAUGCCAUUUUGCCAUUAAAAUAAUAUCACCAUAACGCACAAUUCAUUAGUUUGCUUUCCAAAUAUACGUUCAGACCCAUCAAUAACACAUAUCUGAGUUAAUACAACACAAUUUCAGCAAGCCUCCGGGUACUGUAAAUCCAUAAUGUGAACAAAUGCUUCCAAUGACUGGAAAGGCACCACAUGGGACACACAAAUUAGCUGGGUUUACAAGGCUCAUAAAAUGUACUAAAUUAAACAACAUUGUACUGAUCAACACCAUUCACCCCCACAAACCAUCAAGAAGACCAACGUAGCACUCAUGUUGUGGUGCAUUUCACUACUGUACUGACGAUACACGAAUGUCAAACCAUUUUCAGUCAACUAAGAAGAGUGGAUAUUUAUCUGGGCAGACAUUGGAAGUGACGGUGGCUUAAUAAUGAUGACGGUCAAAAUCAAACUGAGGAAGAAUUUCAGGGAAAAGAGCACGACGGCGAAAUAUGACUAGGACAAACUCCAGAGCCGACAGAUGGCAGAAAAUUAAGCAAUGAUUUGAAUAAGGUUUGCACCAUGACUAAUGUUAGCGCUACAUUAAGUUACGAAUGAUUCCAUGUAAUAUUUCAAUAAAGGGCCAAAAUAUGUUAUUAACAAGGCUCGGGAGUUAAAACAGGCCUGGGUGACUAAGGGGGGCAAGUGCCGAAGUGAUUAUUCAUGGAAUUUGAAAUCCAAGAGACCUGCUGGAGAAGACGAAAGAAUGAUAAAUCAAACACUAAAUAGCCCUGUCAAAACUGCCAAUGUAAACAUACAAAAUAAGGUCAAAAUCUGUGCAAUUCAUUCAACUAUUUUUUUCUCGACAGAAAUAGAAGAAAGCUCUUGAGACUUUUAGGAAACUCAUCAAAUAGAACCAGUCAAGUAAAUCAGCAACAUAAGAUAUAUUUAGCAACUUCUUUUCAAAGAGUAACACAAAUUUACGCGAUCUAACCCAAAACAACUCUAUUAUGGAAAAUAUUGGUCGCAAAGGCAUACGUGUUAAACUGAGUAACACAAACAGGCAGCCAAUAUGACUCCCUACAAUAUCAAUGUUGCUGAAAUGAUGUGCUUCCAAAAUGUCGUGUCGCUGAUGGGAUGUGAAAAAACAUUUGUUGAAUGUUCAUGUUGAGGUUCAGAUAUUGGAGAGAUGUGUAUUGUGACCCUAUUCAUUUAGGAACUUUUAUUCGAUUAAUGAUGUUAUGAUACAAAGACAAUUGACAGUAAGGUUGGCAGCAUGCUGUGAAAUAUCUGUCUAAGACCAGAGGAACUUAUUAACCACAUUUUCUAGGUCACAGUCGAAGUUGAGAGAGGUUGGCCAAUGAUCAACAUCGUGCCUAAGACGUAAAUAUUAAAUGCAUACAUGUAGAUCACAAGAGACUCAUGAAGGUGGAAUCGGUUGAUACAUUACUGGCACACCAACAACAUUACAAGUUAAAUAAACAAAACUCACAUUCGUAGUCUUCAACCCUUAUGCACUCUUUAUCUCUGACCUCUGUUUGUGCUAUGAAAAAGUGUCGUUAUCACAAAUAAUCUGUUUUAUAUAGAUACAAAUGUGUAUUUAUGGCAGUGCUAUUGCUUUUUUAAGCUGAACGUUCAGUAACUGAUGAUAAUGACGAUAACAACAUUUUCAUACGUGGACAUAUAAUCGCACAGGUUGGUAAAUGUGAAUAAAUAAUAACAGUUUUGCAUACAUUCAAUACAAUUUCUUCGUUUGAUGCAUCGAAGUCAAUAUGAUGUAUGACUUGAGGAGAGGACUUGUGUAUUAGAAUGUUUUUAGGUGAUAUCCAGAGAAGCGUAUUAGCAAAUAUUGUCCACGCUGCCUACUCAUCUUCCUUUCCUCCAGAUCCAUUGUCAGUUACUGCAAAGUCUACAUUAUUUUUUACACCACUAUUUGCAUAGCAUGAAGAUGGUUUAACCAAUGAAAAAAACUGCAUAUUAAGUGGAACAUAUCAUACAAAUCAAUGGACAAAAGCAAACAACUUUAAAAUGUAAAUGCUGAGUGGAAACCGAAUCAACAAAACGACAAAUGCAGAGGUCCUAUAAAUACCAACGAAUAUGCUGAGAUCAAUAAGUAGAACAACACAUCCAUCAUCUGGGCAUUGUUUGGAAUCCAGGCGGCAGGAAGACCUCACUUUGAAGGGAUGAGGAAGGCGAUGAAGAAAACGACAUAGAUGGAUUCAUAAAAGCAACGAAUAAAAGUGGCAUCAUUGCUGACGAAUGCUUCAGAAGGGUAGAGGAGAGGAAAGAUCAAGUUCUACAACUGCCAACCGCUUCCAAAGACAUCACAAGUAAUUGACUUUUCACAUAAUUAUUUAACACGAAGCUUCAUAUUUUACAUUAACAACUUUAAGUUAUUUGCGUCUAUUGCCAAUUUGGUCAUUGAAGAAAAGGUGCAUGAGCAAUUGGGAGUCGUUCUGGAAUUUGAGUUGUUAUUUUCGAUCGCAUGCAGCUUUAUAUAUACAUAAAGAUGAUACAAUCUGAAUACAAUACAGGAAUAUAUUGCACAUCUUUAAGUCAUAUUUGCAAAGUGGAGUGUUGGCAUCGUGCUUUGCUAUCUACCAUAUGAUAUUUGUUAUCUGUAUAUCUUAUAUCUUUGGGGAAUAAGAAUCUGAUUUAAAUAAUAUGGUUGGUAUUCUAACAACCAAUGAACUAAUGAUUGUUUGGAUGUCGCAUUUUUUUUGUUAAGCUAUCUGGAUUGUGUAAUGUUUAUAAUGCUGAAGAGGUCACAGUUAUUUUUAUUAAUUAAUAUUUGUGUGUGUUCCGGAGCAUGAGCAUGAUAUAGUGGCUGUGCAACUAGAUAUAAAACAU